AUGGAAUUUGAUGACUGGGAUUUGAGCGCCGAGGAACUUGACUCUCUCGAAAGAGAUGCCCUCAAGCAGAUCUCUCUGCGCAAUUCAUCUUAUUUUGAUGCCACUACUAGUACUCCUACUUCUACUACUUGUUCCUCAUCCACAAUUCCUUCUCAUCAACAACCAUCUCAUGAGUCGACUACUCAUUCUUCACGGCGUCAACUCCUCAUCCCCCCUGCCAACCCAAUCACACACUGUCCUCCCUACAACAAGGUAGAUACUUCUCUUUCCCCAUCUAAAAGAUUGCCUGCAUCAACGGCACCAAAUGUUACUGAUGAUUGCUCAAAGCAACAGCCUAUUCGCUCUGUCAAAUUUUUUUUACAUGCUAGUGGGAACAUUGCCGCCAAAUUUUCCUAUGAUCAGGUAUUAGUAGGAGCCUUCCGCAAGAUCCCCAAAGCUGGUUGGAAUGCAAAAGAAAGAUUGUGGAUAUUUCCUUUUUCAUCAUUCUUAUCAGCAGAAAAAGUUCUUAGUGAAAGUCCUGGCUCUAACAUUGAGGUUGAACAUUUGGACCCUUUGGUGCAGCGUGCUAUUGCUGCUGCCUCUGCUGUUCCAGAUCUUCAAGGGUCUGUACUUUUAAGUGUUACCUGUCCUGUCUCAAGUGUGUGGGUCUUGGUUCCCCCUAGGGAGGCCAUGGUACGGAUAACUGAAACUAUUCUCCGAGAUAAGAUUUUCUUCCUAAGGUGCUAUGAAGGUGACUUGGACAAUGCUCCAAGUCAAGGCAUCAACUCACUUGUGUUUGAUAUGUGGCCAUAUUGGAUUGAUCGGUAUGACCGGAUCCCUGGUAAUAUUGAAUCAAAGCUUAUGCCUUUUCAGCGUGAUGGUGUUAAAUUUAUUUUGCAGCAUGGAAGUCGUGUCCUUCUGGCUGAUGAAAUGGGAUUGGGAAAGACUCUUCAGGCUAUAGCUGUAACCUCUUGCAUUCGUGAAUCAUGGCCUGUUCUGGUUCUUACUCCGUCUUCCUUGCGGCUGCAUUGGGCUUCUAUGAUUCAGCAAUGGCUGGAUAUACCGUCAUCAGAUAUACUU